AUGUCGAAGGAGAGAAUGGGAGAGACUCGGAAGGUCACCCUCGUGUCGCAGGAGGGCGAUGAGUUUGAUGUCGAUAUCGAGGUCGCCUCCAUGAGUGCGCUGAUCAAGACAAUGGUGGAAGAGGACAGCGAUUGCCAAGAGAGCAUCCCUCUACCCAACGUGGAAACGUGCAUUCUUAAGAAAAUCAUUGAAUACUGUGAACAUCACUACAACAAUCCUCCCGAGGAAAUCCCCAAGCCGCUGAAGUCGUCCAACCUUGCUGAAGUUGUCAGCGAAUGGGACUUCCAGUUUAUCAACGAAAACAGUGACCAGAAGAUUCUGUUUGCCCUCAUUCUGGCCGCGAACUACCUCAAUAUCAAACCCUUGCUGGAUCUCAGCGUCGCGAAGGUGGCGACGAUGAUCAAGGCCAAGACACCGGAAGAAAUCCGAAGAAUUUUCAACAUCGUCAACGACUUCACUCCCGAGGAGGAAGCUCAGGUGCGCGAGGAGAACAAGUGGUGCGAAGACGCGUGA